AUGGUUCUUGGUAGAAUAAAGAAGAUGCUUUCCGGCGUGAAAAUGAAAAGCCUGGUUGGAGAUCUCUGGAGCGGAGGGGAGGUUCUGAUGGACGGAUGCUCGGCAUCAGCAUCUGAAGAUGAGCUUUCGUUUGUGUCGAAGAAGGGCAAGAUGGCGUUCAAGCUCCACGAGAUUGUGUCAGCCGAGCACGACAACAAAGCCCUGUGGUUUGUUCACAAGCAGAAGAAAUAUCUCUUUACAAGCAACAAGCCUCUGGAUCUUCUUUGCAAGAGCAUGAUUCCCUUUAUAAGGAAGACUAGAACUCUUUACAGCAAAAAUGGCGUGUACUCGAGGUAUAACACGGCGACGGGGAGAUUUGAAGAGGCUAAGGAGCACGUGAAAGUGGUUAUUGUUGAGGAUGAAGUGUUUCUAAUCAGAAUAGAGACAAGAGACGAUGUCAUUCAUUUCGAGGAGAUAAGGACGGAGACCCAGUACUACAUGGACCAGAAAAACACAACGUUUGUGUGGUCUGUGAUGGAGGACGGGGUUUUCCAUACGUUUUCAUUGAGGUUUUUGGACAACCUCGACUUUCUUGAGUUUCUCAGCAAGUACAUUGGGUGUCUUUACAGAAAUGUCAACAACGAAAAAAAAGGAAACGAAGAGGCUGAGCGGUACUUUGAAAAGAUGGAGAUAGAGAACUACAAUCCCGAUGAGUCUGAGCACGAAGAGGAGGUUGAGGAGUAUGAGAGCUGCGAUGAUGACGAGCUCGAGAACCAUUUUGGGGAAGCUGACGAGAAGAACAAGCAUCUUGUUGUGGGGGAUGAGAUGGCCUUUAUUACAAGAGGGAAGUCUGUGGGUGUGUUCAGGAACACAGAGGAUGGGCUGGAAUUCAAGGCAAACAUUAAGGAUGUGCUGGAUGACGAUAUCGAGAAGAUAAUCACGCAUGACAAUUCCUCCUCGCUGAUUUAUCUGGACGGGGGUGAAAGAGACAAGCUGCAUAAGCUAGAUGUAGAAAGAGGAGAGGUUGUUGAGACGUGGGAUCUGAAGAGGGACGUGAACGACUAUUUCGACUCGCAGAAACUGGUUGAUACUGGCUCUCUUGUUGGACUUUCCGAUUACUCUGUGUUCAGGAUUGAUCCCCGGGCAAGAAGCAAAGUUGUCGAGUCCAAGGACUACAAGACGAAGAACAAAUUCAACUGUGGAAUGGCCACAAGCUCUGGGCAUGUUGUUGCAGCAGGUAGAGGAGGGGACUUGAGGCUCUACGACAGAAUUGAUAAAAGAGCAAAAUCCCUUCUUCCGGGAUUUGGAGACGAGAUCAAGCACAUAGAUGUCACAAGCAAUGGAAAGCACAUUAUUUGCACAUGCAAGAACUACCUGAUGCUAACGACGGUUCCAGGAGACUACAGGCAGCCUGUUGGAAGGGACAAACCCGUUCCAAAGAGACUCCAGCUAAAGCCUGAGCAUCUGGCGCACAUCAACGAAGAGAUAGACUUCACACCUGCAAAGUUCAGCACCGAUGCCUCUGAGAACAGCAUAAUAACAAGCACCGGGAGCUAUGUGGUCAAGUGGAACUUAGAUGACGUGCUCAAUGGCAAGCUGUAUUCGUACCAGCUUGCCAAGUGCAGUGAUCUGGUUGUUGCAGAUAACUUUGAGUUUGGAGAAGAUAGCAAUGUUAUUGUGACCAUGCCCGAUGACAUAAGAAAAGUCAAUGUCCGGAACCUCAAGAGGCCAGGCAGGAAGAUGUGGGGUUGA